ACCUCUCAUUCCCCCUUCAAAAAAACACCAAUUCACGCUACUACUCCUACUUCCACUGCUACUGUUUUCUUCUAAGCAAUCCAUUUUCAAAAAAUUUUUGAAACCCUAGAGAAGAGAGAUGGGAGGUUCUCUAGGGCCGGGAACGACGGCGGGGAGGUGGCUGGGGUUGGUCACGGCGGUGUGGGUGCAGUGUAUCUCUGGCAACAACUACACCUUCUCCAACUACUCCGACGCCAUCAAGAACCUCAUGGGUCUUUCCCAGCUCCAGCUCAACAACCUCUCCGUCGCUAAGGACGUCGGCAAGGCCUUCGGCCUUCUCGCCGGCUUUGCCUCCGACCGCGUCCCUCCCUCGAUCCUCCUCUUGAUUGGCUCCGUCAUGGGCAUCAUCGGCUAUGGCGCGCAAUGGCUCGUCGUCCGUGAGACCAUUGCCCCUCCGCCAUACUGGCAGAUGUGUGUGUACCUGUGUUUGGGUGGGAAUAGCUCGACGUGGAUGAACACGGCGGUGCUGGUGACGUGCAUACGUAACUUCCGGCGAAAUCGAGGCCCGGUGUCAGGCCUUCUCAAGGGUUUCGUCGGUCUCAGCACCGCCAUCUUCACCGAUCUCUGUUCCGCACUCUUCGCCGACGAUCCGGCUAAGUUUCUUCUCAUGCUGGCCAUCAUCCCCUUCGCCGUCUGCUGCACUGCCAUGCUCUUCCUCCGUGAGACCCCACCUUCUGUCUCGCCGGCUGCGAAAGAGGACGAUGAGACCGAGACGAAGUACUUCAACAUCAUCAACGCUUUGGCGGUGGUGGUCGCCGUCUACCUCCUCUCCUUCGACAUGACUGGCGAGCACGGGCUGGUCCUUUCCAGGGCCUUCUCCAUCGUGCUGAUCAUCCUUCUCGCGCUUCCCGUGGUGAUCCCGAUCCAUAUCUGGUUCAAGGAGUCAAGAUCCAAAGCAAACCGCGCGCCGGAGCUUGAUCUCGAGGUUCCAAUCGAGGAGCCAUUGCUGAUCGCGGAGGAGGAGAGGGAGAAGGAGAAGGAGGUGACCAUAUUGGAAAGUGAGGAGAAACGACGACCGUCCAUCGGGGAGGAGCACACGAUUUACGAAGCGAUGAUAACCGUGGAUUUCUGGAUCCUGUUCUUGUCGUUCUUGUGUGGAGUGGGGACUGGUUUGGCAGUGAUGAACAACAUGGCCCAGAUGGGCCUUGCAAUGGGCUACGCUGACGUGUCCAUCUUCAUCUCUCUUAUUUCCAUCUGGGGCUUCUUCGGCCGCAUAGCCUCCGGUUCCAUCUCCGAAUACUUUAUCAAGAAGAGUGCAACACCGAGAGCAUUAUGGAAUGCAGCCUCACAAAUCUUGAUGGCAGUAGGAUACAUAAUAAUGGCUGUAGCCCUACCUGGAUCACUCUACAUCGGCUCAAUUGUCGUCGGCAUAUGCUACGGUGUUCGCCUAUCCAUCACUGUUCCAAUGGCCUCUGAACUAUUUGGUCUCAAAUACUACGGUCUAAUCUACAACAUCAUCAUCCUCAAUCUCCCUCUUGGCUCCUUUCUCUUUUCCGGCCUCUUGGCCGGGUACUUAUAUGAUGCUCAAGCAACCAAGAGUGAGACCGGGGCAACCACUUGCAUCGGUCCGCAUUGCUAUGGACUCGUGUUCGUGAUCAUGGCCAUUGCAUGUGCAAUUGGGUUCACUCUUGAUGCCAUACUUGCACUCCGGACCAGGAAGCUAUAUCUUAAUAUUCACUCAAACAACAAGUUGAAGAGGAGUUUGCCGUAGCCAAUCAAGUGCUGUACGUGUUCUAUUUGUUUCAAUGAUUUUGGUCCAUUGCAUGCCUAUUCUAUGACCUCUAUUGUAUUAAGUGUGUGGGAUAGUGUAUGGAUUCUUUUUUGGGUCCAUGAGUGUAGUAUAUGCGAUUAAAUCCUUUGUGUUGUAUUGUAUGGAUGUAAUAAACUACAAGUGCAUUUAAAUGGUUCUGCUUUUAAGUGAU